UGGGGACGGUUAAGAAGCGUGUGCGUUCAUGUCUCAUUCAUUCUUUUUUCAGUGAAUAUGUCAAAGAGUGUAAACAUAAAACACUGAGAGAUUUUCGGUGAAAAUGUCAUUUUUAAAUAGUAUCACUGACUUUAAAUGUGAAAUAAAAACAGAAAUAGUGGAUUACAAUGAGGGAGAUGAAUUGUGUAGAUUUUGCGUUGAGAGAGUUACGGAAUAUUCUUCAAUUAUCGAGAAGAACUUGCAUGAAUCUCUAACCUUACAUCUGGGAAUAAUUGUUCAAGAGACAGACAAUUGGCCUAAAUUUAUUUGCAAUAGGUGUUUAGGGAUUGUUGAAAUAUGCUUGAAUUUUAUGACAACUGUCCGGAACUCAGAGAUCAUUCUCCGGGAUCUCUAUGGGGAACCUGGAGAAUGUGUAGCACCAAUGGAACCCAUUGGGAUAAAGUCUGAUUUUGAAUUGAUUGAUGUGAAAGAUAUUCCUUUGGAUUCUGAAUCAACAGACUGGAAUUUUGAUCAGAAUUUCAAUGAUUCGUCUUGCAAUGCUUUGGAAGGAUUGCCAGAGCCGGUGGUUAAGAAGCGUGGUCGACCGAAGAAAAAUCCCUCAGGAUCUGCCGUUGAUGAUGAGGAAUGGCAGACAAUUCCGAGCAAUAGCAAGGGAAACAGUACGAAAACUCCAUUGAAUGUUGAGGAAAAUCCAGAAGACGAUUCUAAGAAACCUCGACGACGGAGUUUAAAUGAUUUAAAGGAAGAAGAUGAAAUAAUAAGUCAAUUCUUUGAACUGAAAUGUAGUAUUUGUUCAGAACCCUUUGAGACUUUCCUCAAGCUUAAGGCUCACACUUUAAGUGUUCACAAUGAAGAAGCUAUCGUGGUCUGUUGCGACAGGGAGCUAAAAAAUCGCACAAGACUUGUUAAUCAUCUCAAUAGUCACAUAAAUCCCAAUAAAUUUAAGUGCACACAAUGCGAUUCCAAGGGAUUUCUCACUGAAACUGGAUUGAAUUUGCACAUUUUGAGUACACACUCCCCACGCGAAUUGCACAAAUUCAAAUGCGAAAAGUGUCCACGAACAUUUAUCACAGGAUCUCGUCUCAAUCGUCAUCAACAUACUCAUUUGGAGGAAAAGGAGAAAAACAUUAAAUGUCCCCAGUGUGAUAAGGCAUUUUCACUGGAUUGUGUUAUGAAGGCACACUUACGAACUCAUGAUGAAUCCGCCAAAUUUAUUUGUGAAAUUUGUGCUAAAAUUUUCAAAACAAAAUGCGACUAUAACGUCCACAUGAAAGACAAUCAUUCAAAUACAGCAGCUCCUAAAUUUUGUUGUCCAAAGUGUGGAAAGAUGCUGAAGAAAAAGAAAUUGCUGCAGAUUCACAUAGAGCGGCACAAUGAAGCCGGUGAAAUCUUCAAGUGCAACAUGUGCGGCAAGGAAGCACCCAAUCGAUUUGCACUGAAGAAUCACAUUCAGUUCAGUCAUAUUAAAGUUAGGAAAUAUGCUUGCCAUCUAUGCGGCAAGGCUUUCAAGAAACCCUUAGGAUUAAAGGAACACAUCGCGACUCAUUCCGCAAGUCAGAUGUUAUACACCUGCCUCUUCUGUCCCAAACAAUUCAACAGCAACGCCAAUAAAUACACUCAUCAGAAACGAAGACAUCCUAUUGAAUAUAUGCAGAUGAAGCAGAACAAAAAUGUAUAAAGAAAAAUAUUAUAAUAAAAGAAAAAUAUGAAUUGACGCUCGAAA